CCAGCUACCUCUCCUUUCUACCUGCUCCCUUUUCUUGUCCGCACCAGUCCCCCAAUGUCCCCCCUGCCAUCAGACGGACAAAGUGACAGCUGCCACGAUUGGAUCCCACGCACCAGACCACGCGCCCUUGCCAGCGCCCUCGCCUGCGCCCGCGCCCGCACCCGCACCAGCCGUCCCAGCUAUAUCCAUAUCACCUGCCCACCCCGGGUUAGAGCCACCGCAAUACCACCACCACCACCAGCUCACGCGCCGCCCCAAAGACCACCCGACGUCCACUCCCCCAUCAUGCGGUAGCGCUGCCACCAUGGAGAACAUUAUACCUGACGACUCACCCCUCGCCCACUUGCUCCAAGGCCAAGGCAAAGGCGGCGAAGAUGACGACGAUACCCUACGCCCUCCUAUCCUUCGACACGCCGAUACCGACGUCGACUUUCAGGGCUUUGCGCCCAAAGGACCCUCUACGCUGCAAUCGAGAAUAAGAGACCGCCUCCCACAGCCGUUGCGCAUACAUGCGCGCAAUGACUCCAUUUCCCGUAUUCACUUGGCCUGUUCGAAGGCUGUCAAUUCGCGAUUGGGGCGUGCAGACAACGAGCGCUUCCUCGAACAUUUCCGCUACCUCAUCGUCGCCUCGCAGCUUCUUGGCGAGAAAGACGGCCUGCGCGCAUCAUCGAUACCCGCCUUUGCGGCAGGCGGACGCUCCGGCUCGCACGAGUUCAAAGUCGCCACGAUAAGCCCUACCGGCGCCGCCCUGACAGGCACAACGGCAUUUGCCUUGGUAUGGCUAGUCCACUGGUCUCGCCGCCAGCCGACCUUCAGCCUGGGCAGGACGGCGUUUGUGGUUCUGGUCUUCGCAGCCGCUGCAUCCGCCGUCUAUGGCUACAUGCGACGUCAAUGGCUCCGGUACCUGAGACAGGAGGCUGUCGAUGGCGCAGCCGCCUUGGUCGCCAACCUGCAAGCCUUUGAAGCCGCUACAUCGUCUGCGCUUGCUUUGAUCCAAGAGGUAGAGCUCAUAUCUCGUGGCUACAGAUUAAGCAGUCCGCUACCCCCCAUCUCGCGCAUCGAGGAAAAGGGUCAAGCCCGCCGUUGCCAACGUCUUCGUCGCAAUCUCCGCGCAGCAUACGCCGACAUUGUCCCCUUCCUCUCCGAGCAGUGUGGAGUUUUGAAGCCACUGAUUCAGGAAGACGACUUGGAAAAGUACUUUGACGUUUACGAAAUCAGCAAUCCAGACCUGCAAGAGGCGGGUCUUAGUUACACUCCGUCCGAGUUCGAAGACGCCGAAAGCUUGAAAGCACUUCGAACUCUCCAAUAUCGCUUGUCAAUUCUUCGCCGUGUGUACCUGUGCUCUCUCCUUGCCAUGGAGGCUGAUGGUGGAACGCUGGAUUUCCCACGAUGGUCAACCGUAGUCGACUCUAUCCUAAACACGGCCCGUCCUAUCGGUCAAUGGAGCGAAAAGUUCAACCGCGUACUAUCGGAAGAAGAGCAGUUUGUUUUCCCAUCGCCGGCCAAGGUAGCGCCCACGCCCGGGCGGGAAAAGAUUCGAAACUCAGUGCGUAAAUUGUCGGGACUUUCGAGCGGAAUCCGGGGUUUGCAGGCAAAGAUGCAGGUAUUGCGGGAAGAGACGAACAAGAGCUUAGAAGAUAUGGAAGAUGUCAGUGAUCUGGGUCAUUCUCUUAUGGUGCAAUACGAAUCCAUUGGAGCCGAUCUCAAGAGUUUGGUGCAGGCUUGGGAAGCAGGAAAGAAUGCGCUUGCAUUGAACAUUGAUCGACAGGAGCGCCGAAUCUCACAAGCAUCAAGCAGCGGUCUGCGCUCGCCAGUUCCAAGCCUAGGUGGAUUGACUGCUGUUGACGAAGGAAGCCCAUCUGACGCUCUGCGCGCUCUUAACGGCGAAACUUUGAGUCCUCAGGAGAGCGCCCCGUCCAGCGACCAAGGCAGUAACUCUGACGAUGAAGUAUUCGAAGCGAUUGCAAUUCCCAAGACACGCGUUACUAUGUCGAGAGAGGAACGGAUACAAAAGAUCCAGGAUGAUCGCAUUCGUCAAGCUACGCUUCGUGAGCAACGAGACGCAAACACCAGCAUGCUGAGAGAACUGGAGUCCGUGAUUAACCUGCGACCGCAUCGUGCAUCUGCACCUCCUGGAGGCCGAAUCACUAGCCUCUGAAGCCGCUCACCCCUUUUCCUUUGUGUAUAUUUUCAUAACUCAUGACAGCUCGCUCGAUACCGCAUCAGUUAUUCUUUUUCCCUUGUUUCCUUGUUUCGCAGUUUCUAUAUCCUUUGUUUUCACCACAGACAUGCAUCUGGAUCCUUUUAGCUUUUGAAUCUCUCGGGCAUUUAUCGCGAUACCAUUUGCCACGGCAGCAGUCGCAGCCGCAAGUCGCCUUGUGUUUUUUUGUUUUUCUCAUAUCAGUGGGCGUUUUAAGGGGGCCAUCAUACAUGUGCCAAUGCAUCAAUCAGAUCUUGAGGUCGGAAAAAAGAAGACACUACUAGAAUAGUAAGACGCAUUCGCGAAAGAAUCGAUGUUCUGAUGUUUUAAGUGCGAAC